AUGUCCGCCAAUUCCAUCCAUAGCCACGAGAAGGAGGGUGUUCCCCGGGUUUCCGGUGAGAAUGGCUCGGCCCUUCGCCAACAAAUGACUGCUGAGGAGCAUGAGGUUGCCCGUGCGGCGGCUAGGUUUGGAUAUGGACCUCUGGCCGAGGUCAACCCUACAGAGUCUGGAUUGCGUCCAUUCGGUGGUGAGCUUCAACCUGGUCUGUACAAGUCUGUCGCAGAUCGCAAGUUCGGUAACCCGGCUCCUCUGGGCUUGUCUGCUUUCGCUCUCACCACUUUCGUGCUGAGCGCCAUUAACAUGGGUGCGCAUGAUAUCACUGCGCCCAAUAUUGUCGUCGCUCUUGCUUUCGGUUAUGGUGGCUUGGUGCAGCUGUGUGCUGGCAUGUGGGAAAUGGCCGUUGGAAACACUUUCGGUGCUACCGCUUUGUCCUCGUAUGGUGGAUUCUGGAUCGCCUUCGCAAUUGUCUUGACUCCUGGUGGGUUCGAUAUUGCAGAGUCGCUCGGUGGUGCCACUAGUUGGAAUUUUAACAGUUCGAUGGGUAUCUUCUUGAUGGGUUGGUUCAUCUUCACCACCAUCCUCCUCUUCUGCACCCUCAAGUCGACCGUCGCUUUCUUCUGCCUAUUCUUCUUCCUGGACCUGACCUUCCUUCUGCUGGGUAUUUCCUACCUGCAGGGUGAUGGUACCGCACCUGUUGCCUCUAUUCAGAAGGCCGGUGGUUUCUUCGGUCUCCUCUCUGCUUUCGCCGCUUGGUACAACGCAUUGGCUGGUAUUGCCGACACCAGCAACAGCUUCUUCAUUAUUCCCGUCGCCCACUUCCCCUGGUCUCCCACUGGCAAGACCCGCCGUGCCAAGAGCGACCGUGAAACCGUCUAA